ACCAGCACGGAAAGACCCCGUGUUGGUCCACGGUUGCUGCGCUCACCGUCGGUCCAGUUAUAUUUUAUCGGUUAAUAUGGAACAACUCGCUCAAUUCGUUUCCAAAAGCUUCGAUCACGCUAAUCCACCGGCAAAUCAUUCGCAAAAUCAAACUCGUGAAGCCAUCGUUACUUCGGCCGCGGUUGACAGGAUUGAUAAUCCUCAUCUUCAUCAUCUCAAUCACCACCAACAUCAUCAGCAUCAUCACUAUCAACAAUCCGCUCUUGAAAAAGCGUCGAGUGACCGUCCCAUUGUGAUUACCAAAGGCACUCGCUCCGGUGCUAACUCUACUGUUUCCUCCACUCACAACAACAACAAUGUGACCACUUCUGCUACCGCUGCGAUCACACUCAGCGUCGCACAUCUCCUUGGAUCUGCCAGCAGUGUCGAGAGUGCCAACGAUACUCAUGGGAACGCAGCGAGGGUCAAUCGGGAUGGUUCCUGCGACAGGGAAACUUCCCAAGAAGAAGAGAAUCCUCCAUCGUCGCCGGAAGCGCGUUUGCAACCGGAGGAUUUGUCAACGACGACCAAGAACAAAAAGACGUGUCGAGAAACAACGAAGGAUCGGAAGAGUCCAGAGAUUCUGAAAGGAUUAACGACGCUCUCGGGGAUUGGAAAAUCCGCAUCGAGUACCCACUUCCCCCUGAAAACGCCCGAGCUCAAACUGUCUGUCAGAAAACUGUUGGGAUGUCCGUCACCACCCCCGACUGCCAUCGCGAUCAGGGACGAUCCGAGUCCCGAGAUCAAUUCGAGACUCACGGAAAUCAAAACUCAACAAUCGACUCUGGAGGAGGGCAAAACCAAAUGUACGGAGAAUCAAGUGUCCAUCAGUGUGUCGAGGCAUGGAGUGACGAACCAGGACGAAAGCAGCAGCAAAGUUUCCAGCUGUCGCGGAUCAAACUCGAACAGCAACGCGACAGGGAAUGGCAAGCAAAGAAGGUCGCGAACAAACUUCACCCUGGAACAACUCGCUGAACUCGAAAGAUUGUUCGACGAGACUCAUUACCCCGACGCUUUCAUGAGAGAAGAACUGAGUCAGAGAUUGGGCCUCAGCGAAGCGAGAGUACAAGUCUGGUUCCAAAAUCGCAGAGCCAAAUGUCGGAAACACGAGAGCCAACUUCACAAAGGUGGAAUGGUUUUGGCGCCGCGGAGUCCUCCGACGUCUUUGGAGCCGUGCAGAGUGGCGCCUUAUCUGCCAGCACUGCGGCUGCAUCCGCCUCUAGGAUCAAGCGCGAGUGUGAACGCGAGUGGUACUUCGGGUUCGACGGUAGGUUCAGCGUUCGACCCUGCGGUUCUCCAUUAUGCAGCGGCCGGUGGAUUGUUUUGUCUUCCACCAACGAACCAUCCUCAUCCAUUGAGUUUGGCGGCUUCGUUGGCGGCUGCGGCAGCGCGUUCGAAAAAUUCGAGCAUCGCUGAUCUCAGGCUGAAAGCGAGGAGACACCAGGAGGCGUUGGGACUGGAUAGGCCGGCGUAAUGAUGCUGAGUGCGUUGAGUGACUACGAAGUGAUCGAUUUUUCUUCAUUUUUCAUUAUUUUUAUUUUCAAUUGCGUUAGCAGAACGCGGCAUCUCCGGUGAUGCGAGUGUCGUUUCUGUUAUUUUCUUCUCAUUUCUUUUUCUUUUGAGGAGUACAAAUGAAAAUGACUACAAAUGAACUUGACAGUGAAAUUGUGAAAGGAAACAAAAAGUGAGACUUCGAACGCGAUUUUCUCAAGUGUCAAAAUCGUAAAAUUCGAGUGCGACUGUCAUUAUUACUUCCUACAAUAUUUCAUAAGUAUUAUUAUUGCGUUAUAAAUGACGAUACGAAACUGUGAUCACGAAAUUUUUGGAAAGACAAACGAAAUAUUCGAAUCAGUGUUCUUGAUUAGCCCUCCUUCAAUGCUACGACGAAAUUUAGAACAUAUACAAAUAUAAAUAUAUAAAUAAAUAAAUAUAUAUAUAUAUAUAUAAAUAUACAUAGAGAAUAGUAUAUUAUUAAAAUAAAAAAAGGAUAAUACGCGCCACGGCCGUUCCGGGGAAAAAAGAGACUUUCUAUCUCCACGUUAUAUAAUUGACUUCAGGAUAUUGAAAGUAAUCGCGCCUUAUUUCUUUUUCCUAUACUUCAUUCGAUUUUACGUUAAACAACUAUUUCAACGAAUCAUUGAACAAUCUUGAAUAGUGGAGUAAUUCGAAAGUAAAAAAAAAAAAAAAACCAAAAAGAAAAAACAUUCUGACUUUAAUAAAUCGAUUUUGGUAUUAAUGCGUGUGUCACAAAUCUCUUCAUUUUCAUUUAUUUUUUUGUUUAUAUUUCUUUUUAAUCAAUAGCUUGAGAAAAACGGUUUACGAGGUAUUGAACGGUCGUGCCGAGACACAAAGUCGAAAAACCGUUUGUUGAAUU